AUGGAUUCAACGAAAGACCAGAAGAAGAAUGUGGAGCGACUCGCACGGGUGCGCGAGAACCAGCGCAAGAGUCGAGCCCGGAAGCAGGAGUAUGUGAAUGAGUUAGAGCAGCGUCUAGCAGUGUAUAAAGAACAUGCUCAACAAAAAGACAUCGAGCACCGACUGGCAAUGCAAAAAGUCGAGGCCGAGAAUCAGCACUUGAAAGCUCUUCUGGGAUCACUGGGAGUGUCCAGUGCUUCUCUCCAGCAGUAUCUGCAGCAAGCGGAUACAGGAGCAAACACCAACCGGAAGGUUGCCAUCCCUGCUAUUCGGCGUGUAGAGGGAGAGACUCCUCUGUCUCCGCCACGUCGGGAUACUCGCAGAUCGAAUUUAUCAAUGGCAGUACCUCGCGUUUACAAAGAGGAACCAGCGGCAGCUGAAUUGCCAGCAGCGGUCAAUAGCACAUGUGCCCCGACUGUGGUUCAAUCAACAGAUCAGCCACCAAAGAAAACUCAGAAAGAAGAAAAUCCGGCUUUAUGUGGAUGUCGGUCCGAAGGACAGAUUCCGGAACCAGCGUCUGAUGAAGAUGUGCUCAAUUCGACACUGUGUGCUAUUGCAGAAGAAAUGAUCAAUCAAUAUAACACCAAAGGAAUCGAUGUUGAUGAGAUUCGACGAAGAAUUUGGUCUGGGUUCCGAGGAGGUGCAAAUGGCGCAGGCUGCAGAGUACAAAAUCAUAUUCUGUUUCAAGUGCUAGACGAUAUCAGCAGUGAUGUUUGA